CAAAAAUUUUUCUGUGAUUUUCACGGCGAAAUCUCGCUAUAGUAAAGUUUUUUAUCCAUUUCAGAACUUGGGACCUUGCUGAGUACUAAAGGUAGUUUACUCUGGCGAAUUUUGGUGGAAUUCGAGUCGGUGCAUUUGGAAUAAAUGGCCUCCGAAAUGGGCAUCUCAGUUCUCGUGGACUAGAUGGUAUUGGAGGAAGUCUAUUGAAACAUCACGGCAUUGUAGGGACCCAACGAGCACACGAGCUGAGUGACCGGCCUGAAAUUUCCUCAGUUGCCCUAAACGGUUUGAUUCUUUCUCUUAGCCACAACAGCUUGGCUCGGGUUCUUAUAUAGAUAAUUCACCUAAGGUCUCGGAUCUCUUCUAACAAGAAGUCGUGGCCGGCUAACGCGCGUGUUGGGAGAGUUUCGCGGUCGACCACCGUACUCCCUGUUUGGCAGCUCAUGCCUCUUUUAAACAGAAAACCGUUUUCACCGACAAAACUGCCUUCAGAUCUGAAACCUGACGAAGAAGUCUUUGUUUGUCGCUAUACAAAUGAAGUUUUUCGGGAUUACAGGUCAUUUUUCGAGCGGACAAUUUUGUGUAGCAGCCUUCUUUGGAGCUGUAAAUACACUAACAAGAGUGGAUUAACCUACCAAGAGGCGCUUGAGUCGGAAAGAUCGAUUAGAAAGCAGGUCCAUAGCCUCCCAGAGCCCAUCCAGCGAGCGGCGCUGACUCUGGUCCACCACACUCAACGUGGUCGUUUAGCUAAUUUAUGCAAUGAAGUGUUUUCCUAUCUGAAAGAUCGCUACCAGGAAGGCGAAGAAGUUGAUAUACACUAUCUUUCGAGCAAGAAGAGAGGCAUUGUAACCAGGGUAAUUCCCCCUAAUGAGCUAACAAGCCAUGUAACUAAAUAUCAAAGCUUUCUAAGUGAUGGAUUGAAGCCAGGGAAACUGCUCUCUCCAAAAUCAAGGAAGCAAAGCCAAUCUGGAGCAACCUUACAGUCUCCCACAUCUAAGCAUCGUAACAGCAGUUCUGAUCGAACACCAUCUAAGGAAAGGAAAAAUAGUUCUAGUAGUUCAGACAGCCAGCCUUUAUCUACCCAAUCUAAAAAGUACAAUUCAGAGGGCAAGUUUACUAAAUCUCCCACUGUGAAAUCACCAAGGAAGAGUGUUGAUGACGAAUCUCUGUCAAAACAUAAAUCACGGAAACUAAGUGAGGAAAGUUCAGGUCAAAAGACUCCUAGCAAAUCUAGAAAGCUUUCAUCAGAUGGAAAAAGCAUGCCAUCUGGUAAAGCUACUAGUGAUAAGGCUGCAAAAAAGGCAUCUACACCCUCCUCAAAGAAAGGCAAUGAGGAGAAGCUUACAUCACCAAGGAGCAAGGAAUCUUGCAAGGGAACUGUAGCAGAGUCACCAAAACCCAAAACACCAAAUACUGGUAAAGUAAAAGGGUUUGUGGGUGAAAUUGUCAUUAUUGAUGAUGAUGAAAACAGUAGAGGAGAUACAAAGACUUCUCAAGGAACUUCUCCAAAGCUAUCAUCUCCGAAGGAGAAGCUAGUGUAUAACUGGCCAUCAGCAGCACUAUACAACUACGAAAUCAGAAUUCAGUCAGAUAAAAGGGACAAGGGAUCCAAGAAAAAGGAUAGUCAUGUUGAAACUGUUAUUGUUCAAGCAUCCAUGGUCAGUCGCAGAAAGGGUGUGUUCACACGAGACAAAGUGAAAAUGUUCUUGAAGAUUAGUUGUGAGAGGAGUACUCCCCAUUCUGAAGAUGGCAUCUAUAUUGUUCAGAGAGUAUUUAGGCAGAAGUUUGAUCUGGGUGAACCAGACAUUCAGCUGAAGCUUGGUUCUUCACCAAAGGAUAAGAAACAGAAGAAAAGGGGCAUCUCUCAUGCUGACCAAGAUGGAGAGAGUGAGCCAGCUAAAAAGAAAAGGAAAAGGAAGAAGGGAGAGGAAGGGAAGAGCGAAGGAGGAAUUUCUAAAAAGAAAGGAAAGAAGGAGAAGAAUAAAAAAAGUAAGGAAGAUAAGAUGAAGCUUCCACCUGAGGAAUGGCGCAAAAUCAUGGAACAAGAAAAGGAGAAGAGGAAAAAACAAAUGGAAGAAGAAAAAGAAAAAAAGAGACUGGAAAGAGAAAGGGAAAAAGCUGAGAACAAAGCCAAGAGAGAAGAGGAAAGGGCAGUCAAGAAGAUUGAGAGAGACAAGGAGCGUGAAAGACAAAAGGAAGAAAAGAGACUGGAGGCUAAACGACUGAAGGAAUGGAACAGACCAAGAGAAGACCUAGAGUUGGAUGAUUUGAAGGAUCUGCCUAAAACUGUUCCGGUCUCCAUCAAACUUUCAUCCAACCUGUUUGGAGAUAUGAUGAUGGUCUUGGAAUUUCUCAAUGUUUUUGGAAGCCUGUUUGACAUCAGAGAUGAAUUUCCUAGUGGCCUUACAUUUGCUAUGUUACAAGAAGCUCUAACUGAACAUGAUGCAGAGGGUGUUUACUAUGAUUUGCUGUUGUUCUUGUUGGGAGCAAUACUUCGCACUCACCUAGAAGAAGAGGAGGAAGAAGGCUUGGAUGGUACUCAUGAGCAUGAACCUGUCAUGGAUGUUGAAGAUGACGGUGAUGAGAAAUCACAGGCAACAGUGUCAGCCUCAGCCUCAAUGGCAGCUGCUUGGCCAAUGCAGCACCAGGGAAAACCUCUUCAUGAAUUAAUAAUGGACCCCUUCACAAGCUCUGAGCUGCUGAGAUUGCAUUUGUUAUCAUCUGGUGCCAGAAUAGGUUGCGGUGAGUCAUCUUAUCGCUGGCAGCGCCGCGGUGGAUUUACAUACAGUGAUGACGCUGGAGUAGAAUUUCGCCAUGCUGAACCUCAGCUAUUAAAAUCUUUGGUGACAGGGAAUAUCUACGAUAUGAAUGCUGGUGACAAACUCAAAAUUCUUGUUGCCCUGUGUACUCAAUUGAUAACAUAUGCAACAGCCAGAGACUAUAUUGAAGAAGGAUUUGAUCAGUGCCGCAAGGUCCGUCGGGAGUGGCAAGAGGACCAGUGGGCAGAUCAGCGGAAGGAGAAAGUGGAAGCAGCUGCAAAGUAUCGGCGGAAACAAGAGGAAAGACAGCGGCAGAAGGAGGAAAUGGAAAAACGGAAAAAAGAGAAGGAUCAGGAGAGGAUCGAUGCUGCAAAAGGAGAGUCCAGUGUAAAAACUGAAGAUGGAAUCAAGAUAGACUUGAAACGAGAGGAAGAAGAUCAAGGAAAGAAAGGAGGAAAGAAACUUACCAAAAAGAAGGACGAACAUGAGAAUACUUCUCAAGCGAGCGAAGCGAAAGAACCAACGACCACAGACAGCAAAGUAGACGAAAGCAAAGGUACGGCAGAGAAGGACGGCAACACAAAUCACGCUCCUGUUUUAACCAAAGAGGAGGAAGAAGAGUUGGCGCAGCAGAGACGUGAGGAACGCAAGAGGAAGGACCAGGAGUUUAUGAAUCAAUUGGCAAAAGCAGUAUCUAGAAGUGCAAUCCAGCCACUAGGACGAGACAGGGUCUACCGGCGAUACUGGGUAUUUAGAUCACUGCGAGGACUGUUUGUAGAGGAUGAUGACCCGGAUCAACACUUGCUGUUAGAGCCAGAGUCCGAGUCUGAAUCUGAGAAUAACGAGGAAGGAAGUGAUGAUGAAGGAAAAGAAGAAGGAAAAGAGAAUGGAAGUUUGUCAUUCGAUUCGAAUGAUUUGGUUAAAACGAAGAAGCAACAAACUGGUUUAGUGAACGGCGAUGCUACAGUAAAGAAGGAAUGCUUCGAGCGGAAAGUUAUGAACAUGUUUAAAGCUUAUCAUUUAGUUAGAGAAGCGUCUGAAGAUGAGACCUGGAGCGAGCUUUACAGGAAAAGACCUAUGGCGAAGUGGUCUUACUUUGCUUCCAGAGAAGACAUAGACGGUUUGUUAGAAGCAUUGAAUCCACGCGGAUUCCGCGAGAGACUUUUGAAAGAUGCAAUUCAACAAGAAUACAAACAACUUGCACUUGCUGUGGACAAGUGUCCGUUGAAAGCCGAUCUUCAGGCUCAGAAAAAGGAGUCCAAGCCUAAGGGAAAGCGAGGAGGUCGAAACCAGCCCACUGUAGAUAAGUCGCGGUAUAAGACAAUGGAGGAGUUCAUUGAAGCGAAUUUACGCGAUCAGAUACUUGACUUAGAGGACAGAAUAUGGCAGGGUGGACUGGGAGUUAUCAGGAAUAUAGACCGUGAGGCGUGGAGAGCUAAAUUGGAAAAUGGUAUCUAUGAUGAUAAGACUCAGACCCAACAUGCCAGCGACGAGUGUAAGGUCAAUGGAGUAAGUGAUGUCAAAGAAAAUGGUAAGGAACAGCUUAUGGAGCUUGAUGAAAGUGUUGGAGACGAUAGCAAGCUUAAUGAGGACAACAGAGAGGAAACAUUCAGUGUAAAGAAAGAAAGGCCAAUGAAUUGUGACGAGGAGGAACUGCCAAUUGUGAAUGGAGUUAAGGAUGAGAUUAAACACGGACACAAUACAGAAUCCGCAGAUGGCGUUAAAAUGGAAGUCAAGCCAGAUGAACGUUCAUUUACAGCUGUUCCAUCUAAUCUUCAGCUUAAUAGCUGCGCCUCACCCCCAGCGGCUGACACGCGGUGCAGUACACCCACUCUUAGCUUAUAUGUUGGACCUGUGGCAGUCAACCCCGCUGUCAGAGAACUUGCGCUGGAACUGCUCAAGGUAGAGCAAGGCAUAGAGAAAAAGUAUCUGAAUCCACCUCUUGGUGAGGACGAGGAGACCAAGCGACAGAGACAGAAAGAGGCGGCUGCUGCGGCUGUCAGCGAGUUCAACGAGGUGAUGAAAGCUGCAGAGACUAAGGAGAAGCAGAAGAAGGACAAGAAAAUGGAGAAUGAUAGUAACGGAGAAGAUGCAAAACAUAACAAGAAGAAGAAGGGCGAGGAUGAAGGAGAAGAGGGAAAUGACCACGAUAGGAGCUGUAGCCCGUCGGAGAAGGAGGAGGAGCAACCAAUAAAACAGAAGACAUGUCUGGAGAGGUGGGAGGAGUCCCUCCUUGUGUGUACAAAUUUGUCGCAGGUGUUUGUGCAUUUGAACACGUUGGAUCAGUCCAUUGCCUGGAGCAAGUCUGUGCUAAACGCUCGGUGUCGAUUGUGCAGAAGGAAAGGAGAUGCGGAACACAUGCUGCUUUGUGAUGCCUGUGAUAAGGGUCAUCAUAUGUACUGCCUUAAACCACCUAUCAAGGAGGUUCCCGAGGGACAGUGGUUUUGUGCUGAUUGUCGUCCUAAGGAAACAAGGCGCAGCGAGAGAAGGAAAAAGCCAGCGGUCAAUGAUGAGAAUGAAGAGGAAGAAAAUGAGCAGUCAAAAGAGGAAGAGGAAGAAAGCGAAGAAGUUAGCGAUGAGGAUGAAGCCGACAGUAAAUCAAACAGUGAUCAGGACGAGUCUGAACAAAGUGACGCCAGUGAAACCUCUGAGCAUGGCGAUCAAUGUGCAGUGUGUACUGAGGGGGGAGAGCUGCUGUGCUGUGACACAUGUCCACUUGCCUACCAUAUUGGUUGUGUUUAUCCACCCUUACGACGAAUUCCACGCGGGAACUGGGCAUGUCAGGUGUGUACUGGGGCAGACGAUGAACGGCCACGGAGCUGCCGCGUGAAGAAGGCCGCUAUCGAAGCUGCCCAGAGAAGUCUCCAGCGGAGCAUGAAGGCUGGGAAAAAGAAAGCCACCCGUAGCAAUUCCCGUCAGAGCAGCAGGCAAACAAAGAAAACGAACAGUCGGAGUCGGAAAAGACAACCGUCGUCUUCUCCAUCACCUCCACCGCUUUCACGAGCUGGCGCCAAAACUGACAAGUCUAGCAAGCGGCAGCGACUCUCUUCGUCGUCACCUUCACCGUCAUCUCGUUCUGCGUCGCCUGCGUUGAAAUCCAGUCGGAGAGGUACCGUUAAGAUAGCAUCGCGUAGCCGAGGUCGAAGUUCUCUCGAUUCUUCCCGAUCCUCGUCUCCAGUGCUUCUAUCUGAGCCGAGUCAAAAGGCUUCUGGAAGGAAAGAUCCUAAGCUGGGGGCAAAGUUUGUUUUGUGCCAAAAGUUGCUAAAUGAGAUGAUGAAACACGAGGACGCCUGGCCCUUCACUGAACCUGUGGACGUUGAUGAGAACCCUGAUUAUCUGCAGAUCAUAGAAAGGCCCAUGGACUUGGGAACCAUUAAGCAAAAUUUAGCUGCCAAAGCAUACGAUCAUGUGGAAGAUUUCGCCGCUGACGUUCGUCAAGUGUUCAUUAACUGUUCAGAAUAUUGUCGGCCACGAGGCAAGGAAGCCCGAGCUGGGAUUCGGUUGUCGGCUUUUUUUGAGACGCAGUACUCCGACAUGGGACUAGAUACGACAGAAGCUCGCACGACUCGAAGUAGACGAAUAUGAAUCCGCUGACAAGUGUGAAGAUUGAACCAAGAACCUGUGUGAAAAACAAAACUGAAGAACAGUAGUCUCUCUCGUCUCCGUUUUCUAUUUUAUGGGGGAAUAAGGAAAAAGGAGAAAUCAAUGUCUUCUCCGCCACUAAGUUGGUACUUUCUUGAACAUUGCUAAAGACACAGAGACGAAGCAAACUUUGACAACUUGUCAAAAAAAACUCAGUACUCACAUAAUUAUACUAUUCGUUCGCUUUAGUCGUCAAAUCAGUGCAUUUUGUACUUUGUUUAAGGCUCACUCGUCAGUCAAGCGGUAUCUCGCCAAAUAUCCAAAAAUAAGGGCAACGUCCAUUGCCGUGCAAUGCGAAUCGGCUUUACUUCGAAUAAGUUUAAAACAAACGCAUAAAACAAAAAAACAAAAACAAAAAAUACGCUUAAAAUGGAAUUAUUUAUGACUUGUUUGCGGAUUCGCUCAAAGUUGUAAGUGUUACACUUGAAAAUAGCGAUACAACACAAGACAUUCGUGCAAUUAAGUUUGUGGAACACAUGUCGAUUACAACUUUACUCCUAUGUAAUGUCCCAACUGCAUAUCCAAAAUUAUGAAAGCGUAGGAUAAGCAUGUAUAUAGUCAUCAAGAAAUAAAGUGAGUAACUUUAUAUCAUUAA